GACCAUUAAAUGUUCAUCUUGAUCGAAAAACGGAGCUGUCCCUGAGGAACGGCCAUCUAGCGGUGGAAAUUACAAACAAGGACGAGAACGACGCCUUCUCCGGGAUAUAAGUCGAUGACAGGGUGGAAACGUUCAUCAAAAUUUGUCAACCGCCGAGAAUCCUUCUCCCAAUUACAAAUACAGUCUAAAUGGAUGAUUCCACAAACAACUUAAUGAACGGGUCAGACACGGGUAGCUCUGCGGAUUCCACACCAACAAAACAUGCUCCAUUUUCUCCACGUUAUACUGUUCAAGUGACGGACGCUGUGAAAGAUGGCGACGCGAUACAGUUUACUGUUAUGUCAUCCAAGUGUGACUCGGAGAAGGGCUUUGUUGUGACCCGGGUAUACGAGGAUAUCGAGUGGCUGCAUCAUUGUGUGUUGACCCAGAAUGAAACAGAUGGAAUUAUUAUUCCGCCCCCUCCAAACCGGCCGGAGAUGGAUCCACGCAGUGCAGAAAACAAGUCAAAGAAACAGCUUGGAAACGACACAAAGAUUCUCAAAGGAGAUGAAUUUCAUAAGGAUUGUCGGGCAAUGGAGAAGUACUUACAGCUCAUGCUGCAACAUGAAGUGUUUGGAGGUGAUGCCAAUUUAGAAAAAUUCCUCACAGAAAAGGAGCCCCCUGUUCGUGUGAAGGUCAAGAAGGGUUUGUUUGGCAAACUGUCCUCAGCAGUAGACGGGGCAAGAAAAGGGGGACAUCGAGACAUCGAUGAAUACUUCCACAACAAGCGAGAGUGGGCAACAAAGUGGUCACAGGCAAUAAAGGAGUCGUCCAUUAACUUUAACAAGAUUGUAUGUGCCCAAUACAGAGUCUCCAGCAGCUACACCCACCUGGCUACGGCGCUCAUCUGGACCGGCGCCAACAAGGACGAUGCUACUGUGAAAAUAAACAAGGUGUUUAUGAAGCUGAGUGAUGCCUUGAAUGAUUCAAAGCAUGGUCUUGAAGUUCUCUGCACCAAUGAUGAGAAGACAAUGGGCCUCCAACUGGACUUGUAUGCCAGAUACAGUGAUUCUAUCAAGGAAAUGUUGCUGAGACGGACCUGUCUGCUUGUGGAAUAUGAGGAUGCUAACAAGGCCCUGGACAAGGCCAAGCCUCUGAAGAGACAAGCUGCCGAGGAGACCAAACAGACUGCUGAGAAGUCCUACGAGGUUUGCUCCGACAAUGCCAGAAGAGAGAUGAAGACCUUUCUCCAACAGCGGAUUCUCUCAACUCAGGAAUCACUGGUAGCAUUUGCAGAGUCACAAAUCCGAACUGCGAGGGACACGUAUACUUUACUCGUCCGAACUCUCUCCUCCAUCAAACAAAUGGAGCAACUGUGAGAUCUAAAUCAGCCUUGUUGAACCCAGUCAUGUGAUCUUCCUGUCAUGUGAUCACUUCUGCUCACUUGUCUAUAAGGCCAGAUAGUUAGGACGUCUUGAUCAAUAGAUUAUGGUUCUUUCCUGCUGAUUUAUGGUAAAUUAGAAAUAAUGUCAUGUACUGUAAAUAUUUCAUGUAUCAAUAUUGAUUUUUUUCCCAGUAGCAUAAUUGCAAAACAAAUAAUUCUUAAAAGAUGAGCAAUAAUUCUUUUUCAAUUCAAACAAACCUGAAAAGACUUUGGCAAGGCCUAUUAUUGAACAAAUUUACAUUUAUAGAUUCAGAAUAAAUCCAAACUGCCCUAUGUGUUACUAGUGUGUUGAAAAAAUGAAGUAAAAUUAAUUUCUAAUUUUUUUUCAGACAAUGAGAAUAUAUCACUCAGUAGAAAGGGCCAUUGUUUACGACAGAACUAACUCAUGUUAAACACAUCUCAAUCAUUCAUCAAUAUGUUGCAGCAAGUAUAUAAAAUAUCAAAUCAAAAUAUCUUAAAAUCAAAUCUUGUUCAUGUUUGUUCUUAUUUUUGUAAAAUGAAGCUACAAAAUAAGAAAAUAUACUGGCCAAUUUGUUAAGUCGACAGGGAUGUACAUUGCUUUCUCAAGCCAAAUGUUGUUAUACUAAUGUCAGCCUUAUCUGUAGUUACCUCCCUUGCACAUGCAUAUCAGCAUGCAGAUAUCAGUCUGUUUAUGUCGAAAAUGUUCCAUUUCACAAAGUAUUUUUCAUUGUCUUCAUCUCUGAUGUGGAUGGAUUUAGUAGUUCAUUGAAGGUGUUGUUCGUUAUGCUUUAUGAUGACUGAAUGAUCUAUAACAGGCCAUGUAUUGGUACAAAAAACAAUACUAUAAGGGUAACACUAUUUGUCAGGGCAUUAUCAUUUGCAGAAGCCUGAGGUCUUCCAUUAACUGCCUAACAAAGGAAUGCAGUUGAAGAGAUCAAGGGCUUCUGCAAUGAUUAUACCCUGAAAAAUAGUGUUACCGUUAUUAUAGCUGAAAUGGAUAGAAUUUGUUAUCAAAUGAAAAUAAACAACAAUAUCGGUUUUGAAACAUUUACUGCAAUCAACACGUUUUUCACUCACCCACUUUUACUAAUGUGGAAACGUCACUGAACAAACCAGAUGACGUCACUAGUGAACGUGACGUCACCUUUCCCUCUCUCUAUGACGUCACCUAACAAUAGGCGUGAUAAUGGCCUGUCGUCAAGCAAUAUGAGGGCAUUAUCAAGUUACAGUGGCCCGCUCAUUUCUGAUAACAUGCGGGCAGUUUAAUGAUAAUUCUAUCCAUUUUAGCUAAAAAAGUAGAGAGGUGGAUCCAGAAUUUUGAAAAAAGGUAUCGCAAAGUGAACAAAAGUGCAUGAGAGGCUGUGUCAGUGUCGGACAAAAGGUGUGUGUGCAGACCCUGCACUAUUAGAUGUGCAGUGAGUCUGUACAAAGAUAACAUGACAUUAGCUGUGGAAAUGAAUUGUAAAAUACUACUUUACUACUUCUCUAGUGGUUUCCUAGUUUCCUUGACUCCAAAUUUCUUAAAAUGCUUUGGUUGGGUAUCCAGUUAUUCCCACCGAUGACGGCUCGUCGUCAAUACUUGAUUGGUUUGUAUGCACUACCGUCCUCAGUACGUCACCUGUUAAUACAUUCUGUCACUUUGCGGUGUUGAGGCUACUAACCAUUCAGUCAAUCACGGCCUGGUUCCAGCACAAGGUCAACUGUUAGGCUGAAAAAAAUAAUAGUCUUUUUUAUUUCCAUUUCCAUAUUCUGCAUCUUCAACACACAAUUCCAGCAGUGAAAUACUUAAGAACAAUAUGAUUUUGCUGAAAUUAUUGUAAACAAAAUUUAGUUAGAUACUCGCUUGAACACCAUCACCACACGCCCCCCCCCCCCAAGUUCUUAAAUAGGAAUUAAAACGAAACGUGCGCAAUCUUUAUGAAGAUGCAAGCCUGAGGAUGAAGACUAUUAUUUUUUUAGCCUUAUAUAUCAUUGUGUAUGAUAUCACCAUAGAGAUGCAUAUCGUAUAUACGACACACUCUGUUGUCAAAGCCCUAAUCGCUAAUGUAGCACAACUUGUUGGAAUGACACUGAGCUCAAGUACUUGUUGAAUCUAUUCUCAACAUAUCACUUUACCGAGGAAAAAAUCAUUCUAUUUCACAAGAGUGUAUUUUCAUUCCCUUUUGUAUUCUCACUUUACUAGAAAAUAGGAUACCUAUAUUAUCCUUUAGAUGCUGGCAUUAUGAAGAAAUAACUGAUUUGUAAUACCACAAAAAUAUACUUUCUCUCACCUGCGUUACAUUUUUCCAAACUGUUCUAUAGGCCAUCAGUGCAAUAAGCUCAUAUUCAACACAUGUAUAUAUCUCCAUGCAUACGUGAGCUAUCGAAUAUCAUAUAUCAUCAGCUACCAUAUUCGCUGUAAUAAAUGUCAUUAUGCUUAGAAAAUUGAGAAAGGGUGCUCUUAUAAAAAAUAUUUGCGAUGAGUUUAUUGAUAUGCUGUUUUCGGGGUUAACCCUUACAGUGGUAAUGUGUUCAUUUGGGAACAAGUCAGAACCCGAUGUCUGUGGGUUCUCUUUUCCCAUCUACACAGCUGUAUUUUGUGUAGACAUAUGUUGACUAUGUGCAAGAAUAUAGGGAUUGUCAUUAGGGUUGGGACGAGUCCAAAUUUAUGACCCGGGUACCCACCCCACUAUUACCCGACCCUACCCAGGUACCCACUGUAGGUCUCAGGAGAUGUCUCAAAAUGUCUGACUGGGAACAUUUUUAGCAUAGCCCUGGGAAAACGUGUUUAGAUACAUGUAUUAAACAAUCUUCUUGCUUCAUGAACAUGCCUAUCCAAAUAUUUGGGAAACAAAAUGCUGUUUAGACUUGUAUCAAGUUUUGUUGUAAGGUUUUUGUUAACUCACAAGAAACCAAUGCUGAUCACUUCUAUAUUUAAAAAUGAAAAUGACCAAGAAAAUGUAAACAAGAAGCGAUUUGUCUGUUCGAGUUAGCUGGUGUAUACUUGUUGUAGAAAAGGUUAAUGUGUUAAUGAUGCUGGAUUUCAGUACUUUAGUAGAAAAGGUCCUACCCGUGAAGAACAGGGUUAGAAUAGGUAUUCAGCAACCCAUGCUUGUCGUAAGAGACGACUAACAGGAUCGGGUGGUCAGGCUCGCUGACUUGGUUGAUGCAUGUCAUCAUAUCCUAGUUGCAUAGGUCGAUG